GACAAGACGACUUUAACAAUAUCAUUGCAUGCCGAUCUUCUUGCAUUGUGGUUAUGAUAGUUAGUCACGAUUAGUCGGGUCGGAAAAUUAGAGAUGACAUUCUUAUUAUUCUUCGAUUCUGCCUUUUGGCACGCAAUGCAGAUCUCACCACGGACGUUCAACAACAUUCUAUGCUCAUAAGGUGCAACGGUUUAUGUUUUCGUCGUGAUUUAUGCUCGAAUUUUUAUUACUGUGAACUGGGAGGUCACCACAUGGAAAGCAGCGAAGGUAGCACUACUGAUGGUCUACGCUCAUUCGACAAUGUCGUUUGGUCACCUGUGAAAGACUCCGAGGCCCAUAACACUAGCAUCAUAUCGAACCCUGAAUUAUCUCGGCUGCAGUCUCCAACCACUUCUUACGCCCAGGAUUUUCUGACUUCUACUCCUCGUCCACAAUUCAAGAUUAGUCGAUGUUCCCCAGUCUCGAGUAGAUGGUUGCGUUACUCCACCAUCCAAUACGUUUCUGGGCAAGAUGGCGCUAGCCUUCUGGACACGAGGGAAGAUAACAGUCAAGGCUAUCAACAUUUCUACACGAACUACAAGUUUCAUAGUCGCGGGCGACUUGCUGCCACCUGGUUACAAUUAAUCGCACUUUUGAGACAGAUACCACGUAUCUUAGAGUUUUCAUCCAGCUCGAACUCGCAGGGCACAUGCGAAGUACCGCGUGGUAUAGAUUGUUCCGACCGUAUCAACUUGUCUGAACUAUUUCCAUCCUCUUCGGUUCAUCCGGAGGGACAGCAAUCAACUUCGCGGUCUUAUCUCCAUACAACCGAGCCCAUCUCGUCCAAAAUGGGUAGCUUAUAUCGCAGUGAACCAAUGAAGCUAUGUGAGAUGAUUCUUGUAAAGCACGCCGCCUAUCACUGCAUCGGUGAAAUAGGGAAGUAUGGAAAUGUGCAAUUCAAUGAUUUGAAUGCAAAUAAGAAUAUAUUCCAACGUACAUUCGUGAGGGAGGUCAAGAGGUGUGAGGAACUGGAAAGAAAACUAAGAUUUUUGGAGCGCCAAGUAGUGGAGUGUGUACCAGGAAUUCAGCUGCAACCUAUAGAUGCCACAACAAUUGAAACACCUUCACACGUCGAGAUCAAUCACUUAGAGGCAGUGUUAAACGAAUUGGAACAUGACUUCGUUGGUCUCAACAAGAAUGAUAGCCAUCUUAGGAAAAACCUCAACGAAACGCGAGAAUUUCAAUACGUAUUGCAGCGAGUUGAGCAAUUUUUCGAAGUGCAUAUGGAAGAUGAAGCAAUGAAUAACAUUGAAGUGCCGCAGCCUGAAGUUCGUGAAUUUCUUGAUCUCGGGCUGGAUAAUUUCUCGAAGUCGGUAACUCCUGGAGGCCACAUUUCUGGUCAGAACGAUAUCCCUCUUACUCCGCUGCUACACGAUAAGGAAGGGGAGAACGCUUGGUUUGUUGCCGGAGUCAUUCCUCUGGAUAAAAGGAACACCUUUGAACGUGUAUUAUGGAGAGCAUGUAGGAGAACUGCCUUCGUUCGCAUUGGUGACAUCACACUAACACUUGAGGAUCCGGUAACUCUUGAACCAAUCAUGAAGUGUGCGUUCAUCGUAUUUUUCAAGGGCGAGAGUCUUAAGCUAAUCAUCGACAAAGUGUGUGAUGGGUUCAAUGCUAGGCAAUACCCAUGCCCAAAAACGUCAAGAGAACGACAAGCAGCUUUGUUUGAGACUAUGGCUCGGAUAAGAGAUCUCAACAUAGUCCUGGACAGCACACAGAAGCAUCGAUUCCAGAUCUUAAACGAUGUUGCCAAGGACUUGCCAUUGUGGCUGAAGAAAGUACAUUUGCAAAAAGCUAUCUACAACACAUUGAAUAUGUUUACGGUGGAUACCAAUGGAUUCCUCGCAGCUGAAUGCUGGAUUCCAGAAAAGGAGAUGGACACUGUGCAUACAGCUCUUCAAGAUGGAUUGAAAGCCAGUGGUUCCGGUGUUUCUCCAGUGCUCAAUGAAAUGGCCAAGCAGACGUCUCCACCAACCUUCCAUCGCACUAAUAAGUUCACCUCUGUCUUCCAGUCGAUUGUCGAUUCCUACGGCGUUGCGAGCUAUAGGGAAGUCAACCCGGCCCCUUUUACAAUUAUUACUUUUCCGUUUUUGUUUGCUGUGAUGUAUGGUGAUGCUGCGCAUGGUUUGAUAUUAUUUUUGGCAGGGAUGUUUUUCAUCGUUAAUGAGAAAAAGAUCAUUGCGCGGCGAAUGCGAGGCGAGAUUUUCAACACAUUUUUUGGAGGUCGUUAUCUCAUUGUAUUGAUGGGGUUGUUCUCUAUCUACACUGGAAUACUGUACAACGACGCAUUUGCCAAAUCAUUCAACGUAUUCGGAAGUUCUUGGGUCAAUCCUUACAACCAUUCUGAGAUAGAGUCCUGGAUGCAACCUAAGACUGAUUCCCGCGAGAACAAGCUUACUUCUGUAAUUUUGGACCCGGCUACUGCUUAUCUGAAAGAGCGUGGUCCAUAUCCUUUUGGAGUUGAUCCCAUCUGGAACAUUGCCGAUAAUCGCCUAUCAUUUUCGAACUCCAUGAAGAUGAAAAUAUCUGUGAUCAUUGGUGUUUUGCACAUGACUUUCGGCUUGUUUCUCUCGCUUCUGAAUCAUAUAUUUUACGACUCGAAGGUGGAUAUACUUACGAAUUUUAUUCCGCAAAUAUUGUUCCUCGGCUGCAUUUUCAUCUAUCUUUGUGGACAGAUGGUUGUCAAGUGGUUAUUCUUUUCCGUUGAAAAGGGCGUCGUGCUAGGAAUGCAAUAUCCCGGUCCAUAUUGUGCACCAUCGCUGCUUAUUGGUUUGAUUAACAUGUUUAUGUUGAAAGAAAGGCCAGUGGGCCAUUUGAUGGAGCACAACAGUACCGUUGUCCAUCCUACAUGCUAUCUGAACCAGUGGUAUCCUAAUCAGGCAUUUGUUGAAAAGUGCCUUCUUUUUACUGCGUUGGGGUGCAUACCCGUCAUGCUCAUGGGUCGACCCCUGGUAGCCUAUUUUGAGCAAAAGAAGAUGGCUGGUCGGCGGAAAUUCCUCAAUGGGAUUCUCGGAGAUGAUUCGGAACAUUUGAUUGCUAUUGAUCGUUAUCUACGUGAACACUCAUUGAGUGAUGCUUUCGUGCACCAAGCUAUUCAUACAAUUGAAUUUGUUCUUGGUUGUGUGUCACACACGGCAUCAUAUCUUCGAUUAUGGGCUCUCAGUCUUGCACAUGCUCAGCUUUCUGAGGUACUUUGGCACAUGGUCUUUAUUCGCGGUAUCUCGUAUGGAGGGAAUGUGGUUUUAUCAUCAGUCAUUACCUAUGUGGUUUUCUUCUUUUUUGCCAUCAUGUCCAUAUCUAUCCUUGUCAUGAUGGAAGGAUUGUCAGCAUUUCUUCAUGCACUUCGACUCCACUGGGUUGAGUUCCAGUCCAAAUUUUAUCAAGGAUCCGGCCAAGCCUUCAGACCGUACUCUUUACAAGAAUGUUUGGAAACGGCGCAGCAUCUAUCAGAGGUUACCGAUGAAUUAACGCAAGUUUCUGAAAUUGAUGAAGAUGAAGAUUAAUAGGAUCUCUGUUGGAUAGUUGAAACGCAUUUAUCCGUAUCUCUUUCUCAUUACAUUUUUGCAUGUUUAGAAUAUGUCAUAGCAUUCAUUUUGUGAUAUAUCUUUGUUUGCUGGUUUCUGUGAUACUUGACAUUUGAGUGUAUACAUUUACUGUUGAAUUUCGUCAGUCUAUGUUGAAAUAUGUUCCUUGUAAAAUGUGACUUAUUUUCUAAACAUACGUAUUCUGUUUGUUGCUGUGAUUUCACUCAAUUUUUUUUCUGGAAAUUAAUCAUUGCCAUCAAUGUCAAUGCUACGAAUAUUGAUGCGCCUCGCAGGAGAGUUUAUUGUUAGUUUUAUGUUGGGAGC